UCUGCAAAAUUCACCUCUCUCCCUCUCUCUGAGCUUCUCCUUUCGUCCUUCUCCAUCGUCGCCAGUCUUCAAAUUGUCAGAGCUUGAAGGCCCCGGAUGGGAAACGCCCUCAGAUUCCUAUACGGCCAUUGUUGUAAGCCGUCCGCCGCCGGAGACUCCGACUCUCUUGGCCCUCACGGCGUCUCCGCCGCGACCGUCGGAGUCUCGGCUCUUGCCCAAGAUCUGUUCAACUUCGAAAUCACCUCCAAGGUUCCUGAGGGGCUAAGCAACCAUGUGGCUUCUUCAAGGAAAGCUCAAGCUAAUUGGUAUAGAAAGCUACUAGUAGCAUGGAGAGAAUCAAAUCCCCCUCCGAGAACACCUGAAGAAGCAUCAAGUCUAGUUGUCCAGACCCUGAAGAGACACCAGAAGGCUGAUGUUGAGGGUUUGUUGGCUUUCUAUGGCCUACCUCUUGCUCAUACCCUGGUUGAGACCACAGCCGAAGUUCCAGUGGUAUUACCUCAAGGAGUGGUGUUUGAGUUUCACACCCUUCCAGUGGAUGCAAGAGCUGUGGCAGAUGGUGACACCAUUACCGUGUACGUUAGCACUUCUGAUCCGAGAGAAUCGUGCUUGGUCCCACAAGACGUCCAGAUCGCGGCCAUCGAAAGAUCAGAAGCCCGUGGUCAGAGGGACUACACUCGUGCAGAUGCACUGCACAAAAGUAUUGUGGACGCAGGAUAUCGGGUAUUAAAUGUUCGGAAUGAGGAAGUCCUUGCUCGGAAGUACCGAAUUCGGCUCAGGGGGAUAGAUGCUCCAGAGGGUUUGAUGCCAUACGGCAAAGAGGCUAAGGACGAGCUUGUAAAGAUUGUUGAAGGUAAGUGUUUGAGAGUUCACGUGUAUGGAGAAGAUCGAUAUGGCCGGUGUGUUGGAGAUAUUUACUGCAACGGCAUCUUUGUACAGGAGUUGAUGCUAAAGAAAGGGAUGGCGUGGCAUUACACAGCCUACGACCAACGUGCAGAGUUUGCAAAGUGGGAGAAGAAUGCACGGGCAAAGCGCGUAGGCUUGUGGGCUUCUUCAAACCCUGAGGAGCCAUGGGAAUGGAGGAAGAAUAGACGAGAGGGGAGAUGAUGCUUACCAAAUCUGAUUCAACCUCUUGCCAUUCAUGGGAAAUUCAGCUGGCGAAGUGUUGAAGUACUGGGACUACAAUCUAUUCAAAGCUUUUCGGUUCAUAUAGAGAAGAAAAUGCUUUCUCAUCUGUUGUAUAUAUACGCUAAUUUGAACACUAGUGCAAAUUGUAGAACAGCCUAACCAAAUCGACAAA